AUGCUUUCUUAUUCUCUCUUACUAAUUACCAUGCUAACUCGGCUAUGUAGAACGGAGUUUGUGGCAGGGAGAGGAGAAAGUCCUAUGUCACCCGUUGAGCAAUUUCUCUCCAGCUAUGUCGAUAUCGCAAUGCACGUCAUCUCUCUCGAUGCACAGCAGCUAUCACAAUCCCCAGAUGACAGGGCUACUCAAUAUGACCCAAUAUCAAGGACUUACUGGAUGCCUCUUGCCUCGAUGCUUCAACUUCGCAAAAUUCCCCUAUAUACUGCAAUGGAGCGUGAUUACGGUUCUGAGAUCAUAGACUUGGUCAGCCAUCUUAAUGACUGCGUUGCUGGUCAACAGGUCAACGACGGACUUGUGCUCACUAAUUUCAUGAGGGCCGUUUCGCCUUUCCUUGCCAAAUCACCUAUUCUCACCUCCCUAUUUACUUCGGCUCUCACUGUCGCCCAUAACGUCCUAGACUCCUUCGUCGGGAGAAGAUACCAACCCGAUUAUGGCCUCCAUAACCCGAAGGAAGUGAUUACACAGAUUUAUGUAUUACUCAGGUUUUGUGAGCCUGUAUACCGAUCUCUGAUAGAAAAAUCCUCAUCCUGUCUCUCUAGUGACACCAGCGAGACAAUCAUCCGUACUAUGGGCAAUUCGUUCCGGAUCCUUUGUAGCUUCGAUGAAGAGUCAGCUACAGCUCUUGGCAAGGACCUGGAACUCAAUGUCCCAGAUGGCGUUAACUCCCUUGAAUUUGCCCACAUUGUCAGCUUAGGUUGGAAAUUCACUAUACUUAAGAAGCAUAUCAUGAGUGGCCGCAUGGAAUUGCGAGUCUAUGGCAUGGAGUCUAUCCAAGGUGACCUGGUAAACUUCUGGUCUCAGCAUAUUCAAAAUGUGCCUGGUGCGCUUAACCAUGCAACAACCAAAUACCUGGUCAAUUUUUUGCGCGAGCAUAAGAUUGUCGAUUAUGUCGUUGGCGUCGAAUCGCAUCCUCAACUGAUUAGCCGUGGCAGCAACAUUGUCGGUUUCCUUGUCGUAACUUCGACAUAUACUAAUGAAGAUACAGAUAUCAUAUGGAAGACUGUCAGCGAGAGCCACGACCCCAGAACCGUAUCCGAAGUCCUUGCCAUGCUUUCGUCUACCUUCAGUAUGCACCACGAGUCCGAGCCACUUAUUUACAUCUGCAGCAAGCUCAUAGAGUUACCCCUACAACGCUUCGACGUUCGCAUGAUUGAAUUCUGUGACAUGCUGCUGAACGCUGUAAGGAGUAAGCAUGGGGAAUCUUUACGUCACCAGGAGCUCGGACAUUUCCCACACGUCGACAUCAUGCCCAUCCGCCUAUGUGUCAGGUUGAUUCGAGGAGCACUGUCCUCUAACGAACUACCUCUUGAGCAGAGGUCUCAAAUCCAGAGAUUCGCUAGUAAACAACUUUCUCAGUUUGUUAGCCUUGGUAUACGCGAAUCAGAUAAGACCGAACUUUAUCAGCAAUGUAUCCAGGAUGUUUCUGAUAUGAACGAGUUCGCUCUCGGGAGUAUCCAUGCUCUUAAUGCCCUAAUCCCAACAUUUGAUACCCAGGAUAUUCGGCGUCUAGCUCUAGACCUCGACUUCACCCGCCUCAUCAUUACGGAACUCGCACAUGCAGCUACGGCACCGGCAGCCGGUGGAGAGGAUGAGCAGCUAUGCAACGCCAUCGUACCGCGACUGAACCUAGUCCAUCGCAUUAUCGACAAAGUGCCGGAGACAAUUUCUCCUGAGCUAAUUGAUAUUCUGUGGGAUAAAGUAUUUACAUCGAAGGUAAUAAGUGAGCAGAACCGAAAUUACAUGUGGGAAAUUUUGUCCAAAUCUGCCUCCCGAUGCCUGAAACGAAACGCAUUCCUGGAAACGUUUAUGAACGAUUAUCUUCCCCGCAUCCUGCCAGAGGACAUCACAGAGUCUGUGCUCUCGUUUGCAAAGCAAACAGUGAAUUACGAUGUUAAAUUCCAUCACCAACCCGCCUCUAGUGAUGGAGAAGUAAUCACUAUUCCCGGAAUGGACAGGAUCUGGCACUUUAUUCUAGCAGCACCCAAUCCAACAAUCGGCAUCAAUGCUAUCAACUUUGCUAUAGAUACAUACUUGGACCAUUCCAUAAUCAAAGGAAGCAGCCCGUCAUCUGCUGAAGCAACGCAUGUAUCCCUCGUCGAUCGCUGCGUAGCCCAACUUGCAGCUGCAGCCACCAAACUAAAAACAUUCAUGGAUGGAACCACAAGCGGCGAAGACGAACCUAUGGUCAUAGUCCCAUCUGAUAAGGAAGUCCGCGCCGAGGAGCUACGCUUUGCCCGCUCCCUUCUUUUUCUCCGCCAACUUCUCCAAGGCCUCCGUACAAGACCCCACUACACUCCUCCUCAAGGCUCACCACCGUGUAUGCCGCUCAAUCCAGAGCCAAUAAGGGGAGAAUCUAUAGACAUAUCUUAUCAGGCGUUUAGUACGGGUUCACAAUCUCGCAUUCGCACAUUUACCAUCGGAGACUUAUCAACUGCCUCCGAACUCGCGGAUAAAAUAGCUCAUGUUACCGGUUUUUCUAAAUUCACUACCAUCAGCGGUGGACAAAGACUAGAUUUACGUGGUGGGAACGCAAACCAGACGAUUCGAGAUCUGAAACUCGCGACUGCAGGCUUGCUUAUUGUCAGGAAAGAUUCAGAUGCGUAUGAGGCUUCGUUUGGCGGGAGGCGUCAGAGUUUGACACUUGUUGAUUCAGAAGUGUUGAAACAUUUCAAUGACCUCUAUGACCUGUUGAGCUUGGACGAAAGGUUUUCAAAGGAGGUGAGCAAUGAAUUUAAUAUUGACCCUACUUGUGGGAAUGAAAAUGGUAACUAA